UGUACACACAUGAUGAAAGUAUAAUCCGGAUUUCCAAAACACAGGCAGCUUUUAAUCGCUUAAAUGGAUUUGUCUUCUACCCAAUUCCCCCAGUUGUUUGCUUUGUUAUGGUAAUGCUUCAAAUCCGUUAAGAAAUCCCAGCAGGAACUCCACACCCUCUGUAGAAAAACAAAGAAGGGUUGAAAACAUAAAGCUAAACUCCCAAAUCCAAACAAACAAUUGAAAGAUGGUUGUUAACUUUGUUUUCAUCCUAAUGUCUGUUGCUGCAGAGUGGGAAGCUGCCAAGAAUGCCGAGCCCGUAAAGGAAGUAAUAAUUCAGCCAACCAGCGUUGAGACUCCAGCGGUGUCUAACACACACACUGAGACCUACAGCCAGCAGGUCACCAUGAUGCCUGUACAGCUCCCAGUGGCCCAGCCUGUUCCCAGUGCUGUGGGUUUGGUGCCUCCUAACUUCCCUGUCAGUAUGGGUAUCCCCCCCCCUGGCUACGGGCCUCCACCACCCUUCAUCAGGGCCGGCUUCAAUGCCUCGCAGCCUCCGCCAGGUUUUAUGCAGGCAGCACAGACCGCAGCCAUGAAUGCCGCAGCUAAUGCUCUGGUGCAGCCUUCAGUGCUAAACAGCCAAGAUGCUGUCAAGGAUUCUCCGUUCAGUGCCAUGAUUCCUCCGGCCGGCUUCAUGGCCUCUAUGUUCCACCAAGUCCAGCAAGCAACCAAUGAAAAACCAUUGCAGUCUGCAGACGGAAUGGAUGCUGCAGCAGAGCUUACGCUGCAAGGCAUGCAGAACGCAGUGCGCAGUGGGAUGGGUCUCCUUGGCAUGCACCCCACAGCCUCCCUCGGCCACCAGCUGCACCAGUCUGCUCUGACCGGCCAGAGGAUGCCUGGCCUGCUGCCUCUGGAUGUUCGACCCAACAUCCUCCAGCCCGGGGCGGCAGCCCGCUUCCCACUCCUCAUGCAGCAGGGGCCCAUCCAGCAGGUUGCUGGCCUGCUCGAGAGUUCCCUCCAGGCUCAAGCCCGUGCCAGGGUCCCGUUCUCUCAGCUGGACCCCUUCAACAGGGUCCCAAACCUCGCCAAUGAAAGUGUGUCCAAGCCAGAAGACGAGUCUUCCUCUGGAGCUGAUGAGGGCAAAGACCAGGACUACCGAUUCCCUCCAAUGGAGAAGCCGAGCACAGGCCUGCUGAGGACCCCUCCACCAGACCAUAGGGAGGCCCUUGGAGGUGGCAGGCCUCCCUUGCUCCAGACCCCAGGGGCUCAGCCAGGCAGAAGCAGCCUGGUGGGACGAUUGCAGGCUCUCGCAGGCUUCACCCCUGAUAACCGCUGGAACCAGACCAGAGGGGACUUUGAUGAACGAGAUAGCAUGCGAGCAGGCCUCCAGGCCCCAAGCCCUGCAAAAGGCUUCCAGGAGGAGCGGCCCCCAUCUGGGCAGAACUUCCCCAAUCGAUUUGAAAGCCGUCCCGGGACAGCAGUGGGAGCAGCAGGGGGAGCCGCAGGUGUUUCAGGCAAUGCUGUAGCUGCCGGGGGGCCGCAGGCCUGGAACCGCAGUAGCAGUAGUAGCAAUAGUAGUAGUAGUGGUGCUGCUGCUGCUGCUGUUGCUCCAGCACCUUUUGACAGCGAACAACAUCAAGACCUAGAUGAGCGAAGACGCCCGUGGGACAGGCAGAGAGACAGAGAUGAAAGAGAAAGAGAGAGAGAUUUUGACUUCAGGAGGGAGAUGAAUGGCAACCGCCACAGCCGAGAGAGAGAGCGGGACCGAGAGAGGGACAGGGACAGGGAGCGAGGCAGAGACAGAGACCGCAACAGAGAGCCUGAGCGCGACAGAGAGCGCGACAAGGAGAGAGAGCGUGAGAGGGAUCGUGAUCGUGGGGGGUGGACGCCUCUCCUCCCUCUGCCCACACCUCUGCUUCCAACUCCAACACUCAAUCCCAAUCUGACCCUGAACCAAGGCAAACUGCUGGCACCGCUUAAAUUGAACCCCCAGAUUCAGUCACGGUUCCAGUCCCCGCUCCUGCCUCAAGCUCAUGCCAAACCCUCUCUGUUGGGUCUGCCUCCAUCAGAGGUUCAGAUUAAGUCUCCACCUCCUUCCGAGAGCCAAGCAGCUGUGCCAGAGUCAGAAAGCCCGGCUCUGUCUGAGACACCGAAGGCCCACUCCCCACCCCCAGCCCAAUCACCUGACUGCUCACCUGACAACAAAGAUCAGAGCCCAUUAGCUGAGUCUCACAGCCAGGCCAAGUCUUCACCACAACAUGAGACUCCUCCACAAACAGAAUCACCAUCCCUAUCCCCGGCCCAGUCCCCUGAAAAGACCCCUGCUCAGUCCCCGGCUCAGGCUGCCAGCCUGUCCCCGGCCCCAUCCCCAGCACUGUCCCCGGCCCCAUCCCCCGCACUGUCCCCAGACCAGUCGCCCUUCAAAACCACUGCUUCCCCAGACACUGAGACCCCAAGCCAAGCUUCACCGCUGAUUGAGGCCUCUUCCCAGGACUCACCUGUGGCCUUCACACAAGCCGUCAGCCCUCCUGAAGAGACUCCCUCUCUGGAAGAGCAGGAAAGCCCACAGAAAGACGAGGAGGAGGAGGAGGAGGAGGAGUCACAAGAGAGAGCCUCCUCCCCCCAACCCCAGUGGGUCAACGGAGCUGGGAUGGACAAUAGUACAGGGGCCGAAUCUACACCCGAGGCCUCUCCCGAGCCCACCGAAGAACCCUCUCCCGACUCUGCGCUCCCUGAGAGCGAUCCGGAGCGGCUCGCCUCUCCUGAGGACGUAGACAAUGAACAGAGUGAGCCCAUGGAGGAAGCUGCGAGUCAGCCAGUGGUAGACACUGUCACAGACACUGAGGGGACAUAAUCAUCACUCAGUAGGUAAAAGAUCAUUUUGUAAAGUUGUCUCUUCUUCUCUGUACUCAUGUCAGCAAACCACCACACGGGACAUGGCGAAUACUGACUCAUGUCAGUUGCUGUCUUAUAACCAAUAACAAAUGAUUUUAUCUCUCACAAAUACCAGUGUAAUUAAAUAGAUGGCUCAUUAGCUGAUUUACCGAUAGACCAUUUUUCUUUGUGUUUUUAUUUCCUUUUUUAAGUUGUAAUGCAACCCCACACGUUUUAAUGAAUCUUAGCUUGGCGAGUUUUAUUGAAUUGCCUACCAAACUGUUUCAAUUGUAUAUGGGGGAAAUUGCGCUUUGACCUUCCUAUGGAAGAAAGUUAAACAUCCUGGCUGAACGGAACGAAUACACACAAUACUUGAAAAAGGCAGUUGCUGGCCCAUUUUCUAUCUCCUCUUCUUUUUAAAAUGCUGCUGCAAAGUUUUCAGUGAAUGCUUUUGUGGUGUCCUACAAUGCUUUCUGUUUCCACGCAGAAAAAAAUAGCUUGCAUACAGCGAGACAAGUACAGAUGCUUAUAAUUGGCAAAAAUGAACAUUAUUUAAGUUGAAAAUGUUGUAUCCCCAAAAUAAAUGUCUGUAAUUUGUUUCCAAUUAUACAUUGAACACAUACAGGAAAUAACAUGCCGGGGGGAGAAAAGGAACAGAGGCAUGUUCUCAUGUUGGGUGCAUAUUGUUUUAGUUUGAAAUAAACAUACUUUGUCUGUUUUUAAAAGAAAAGAACAUGCUUUAGGACUGUUUUCUGACCCAGGACCAGUGGAAACUCAGACUGCUUUACAGACUCUAACACACUCAAGUUGCUUCUAUACCAUCCAUCCAGAGCACUUUGUUGGAUGCAACCGUGGGACUUGUAGUUUUUUUAGUUUCUGAUGAAUUCUGUUUCCUAAGCUUUUGCUGGGUGACUGUUGAGGAUGGGAUUGUGCCUUUUUUUGAAUGGAUUUGUCGAUCAUGAUGCUACCCAACACUACUGUGCGAUGUACCCCAGACUCAGUUUCAGACCGCUCUAUGAACACAAUUCUACCUGCACAGAAUUGACUGGCCUACCGUUUGAAUGGUAGCUGGGGCGCUUUGUACAGCACUCACCUAGAGAACACGUCUCAAACAUACUCCAUCGUUCUGUGCAUGCAGGCCUGUAGCCAUGUUUUAACAUCUCUCUUUUGUCAUUUCAUACUUGUAGUGCUUUUCUGUUGAGACAUACUACUAGAAAUCCAUAGUCUGCUCUCAAACCAAAUGUCUACUACCGGAGUUGUGAUGUUGAAUAAAAGUUGAAGGUGCAUCGGA